GUUAGCACACGUGUUUUGAGUGAACCCAUAGUUGUUUUGUUUUUACUAGCUUGGUAUCGCCACACCCUGAAGAAGCCACACCUGAUAUUCUUUUUUAAAUGUUUUUUGUUAGAAUUAUGUUCUCAGAUGUUCUCCCACCUUUGGAGAGGUGUGUUGCAACAGGGACACAUGGAAAUGUUUCAGGACACCGGCCCUCGAGGAUUGCAGUUUGAGACCCCUGGUAUAGUGUGAAGAAAAGUUACAAUGUGGUAUAUAAAUGUAAAACAACAGAAGCAGACCGAUACGGACUGAUGGUGGGAUUACAGCAGAGGGCAGAACAGAUGAAGGUGUGCAGGCUGGCGUUCGGCAGGGGAGGUCGUCCACAUGCUUUGUCCUCCAGUGAGCGCGGCGCUGCAGAGGGCCAAACCAUUGCAGUCGUCGCUUCUGGAUCAGCUGUUCCAGCUCUAUUCCUACCUCCCCCUUCCUCUCUACCUUUCUUCUUCAGUCUUCCUGUCUUUUCCGCUUCUUAGAUUUCCUCUCUGCCUUCUUUCCUUGUUGUCCUUCCUCUUUACAUGUCCUUACUUCCUUUCUGUUUUCAUCCCUCCUUGUAUUCCUGUUGUACUUCGUUUUCUCAAUUUCUUCUUCCCUGAUUGCCCACAUUUUCCUGUCCUUCUGCUUUUCCUGUCUCCCUGUAUCCCUUCCCCUCCCUCCCUCUCUCCUUCUCUUAUCCCUUCUUCCACUCUCUCCCUUUCCCUCCCUCUGUCUCUAUCUUUUUCCCUCUCUGUAACUUUUCUGUUUUUAAUCCCUCUUCCUUUCUUCCUGCCUCUCUUCAUGUCUUCUUCCCAUCUUUGUCUCUUUAUUCUUUCCUGUGUUCUCUCUCUAUUUUCCUCGCUCCUGCUCUGUUUUCUUCCCUCUUCUUUUUCUGUCUUCCUCCCUCCCUGUACUCCUGUCACCCUUCCUCUCUUAACAUCUUCUUCCCUGUUUUCUUCCUGUUAUCUCCUCAGUCUUCCUCAGUCUUUUCUGUCUUCCUCCUUUGCUCUUCUUGCCAUCUCUUCAGUUUUCAUUUGUUUUCCUCUAUUUUUGUUUUUUGUUUUCCCCUCACCUCUGCCUUCCUGGUUUUCUUCCUUCCUCUUCAUUUUUUCCUUUUUUUCCUUCCUGUCCCCCUCCCUUCAUUGUUGUUCUUUGUCUCUACAUGUCCUCCGUCUUUCCAUCUUCCUUUCUCCCUGUAUUCCUUUCAUCCUUUCUCUGUUUCUUCCUCUCUGUUAUUGUUGCUGUCUUCCUCCCUCCCUUGUUGUCUUCUUGUCUUCUUCUCUUCGUCUGUUUACCUCUUUCCUUCCUCCUUCCUUUGCUCUUUUACUGUCUCCCCCUCCCAUUCUCCAUUUCCCUCACUCUCUACCUCUCCCUCCCUUCCUUCAUCUCUACCUGUCCUGUCUGUCUUCCUUCCUGUAUUCCUGUCAUUCUCCAUCUCUUAACGUCAUCUCCUGAUUUUUCUGUUUUCUUCUCAGGCUUCCUCUGUCUUUCUGACCCCCCCCCUCUCCCUGUCUCUCUAUCAUGUCUUCUUCCCCGUCUUUCCCUUUUGUCUUCCUGCUUUCUGUUCUCUCCAUUUUCCUCACUGCCGCUGUUUUCUUUCCUCUUCCUGUUUUUCUGUCUUGCUCCCUCUGUGUAUUGCUGUCACCCUUCCUCUCAAUGUUCUUCCCUGUUAUCUUUUUCAGUCUUUCUCUUUCAGUAUUCCUUCUUUUUUCCUCUAUUUUUGUUUUUCUUCCCUCAUUUUAUUCCUACCUCCCCCUCCCUCUCUGUUUCCCUCUUCCUCACCCUCUUCCUGUCUUCCUGUUUCUGUUUUCCUCUCUGCCUUCAUUCCUUUUCUUUCUUCUUACGUGUCCUUUCUUUGUUUCCAUCCCUCCUUGUAUUCCUGUCAUCCUCCCUUUUUCUUCUGUCUUCUUCCCUCACUUUUUUCCAGUUUUCUUCCCUGACUGUUUUCUCCAUUUUUUUUUUUUUUU